AUGUCUUCCAGAUCAGAGGAGGAUCUCUGCUGUCCUGUCUGCCAUGAAAUCUUUAAAAAUCCUGUUGUGCUGUCAUGUAGCCACAGCUUCUGUAAAGACUGUCUGCUGAGAUGGUGGAAGGGGAAAGAAAGACGCGAGUGUCCGUGCUGUAAGAGAAGAUCCUCAAAGAGUGAUCCACCUCGUAAUCUGGCGUUAAAGAACCUGUGUGAGGCCUUCUUACUGGACAGAGAUCACAGAUGCAGUCUGCACUCUGAGAAACUCCAGCUCUUCUGUCUGGACCAUCAGCAGUCGGUGUGUCUCAUCUGCAGAGAUUCAAAAACACACAACAACCACAGAUUCAGACCCAUCGAUGAAGCUGCACAGGAUCUCAAAGAGGAGCUCCAGAAAUCCCUGAAGCCCUUAGAGGAGAAACUGAAGAUCUUUAAAGAAGUGAAAGGAAACUGUGAUCAAACAGCAGAACACAUUAAGGUCCAGGCCCGACACACAGAGAUGCACAUUAAGGAGCAGUUCAAGAAGCUUCGCCGGUUUCUGCAAGAGGAAGAGGAGGCCAGGAUCUGUGCUCUGAGGGACGAAGAGGAUGAGAAGAGUCAGGUGAUGAAGGAGAAGAUUGAGGCUCUGAGCAGAGAUAUAGCAGAUCUUUCAGACACCAUCAAAGUCACAGAGAAGGAGCUGAGAGCUGAAAACGUUUCAUUCCUGCAGAACUACAAGGCUGCAGUGCAGAGAGUCCAGCAGCGCCCCCUGCUGGAGGAUCCACAGCUGGUCUCAGGUGCUCUGAUCAACGAGGCCAAACACCUGGGCAACCUGAGCUUCAUCAUCUGGAACAAGAUGAAGGAGAUGGUCUCCUACACUCCUGUGAUUCUGGAUCCAAACACUGCUCGUCCAGAACUCGUCAUGUCUGAAGAUCUGACCAGCGUGAGAGCUGGAGAGAAACGGCAGCUUCCUGCAAACCCAGAAAGGUUUGAUUACGACAUCAGUGUCCUGGGCUCUGAGGGCUUCAACUGUGGGACUCACAGCUGGGACGUCGAGGUUAUAAAUGAUGAAUCCUGGGGCCUCGGUGUGAUGAAGGGGUCUGUCCGGAGAAAGGGAAAAAUACCGACUAGAUUCUGGGAAAUUUGUCUCCUUGAUGGAAAGUAUGUAGCAGCCUCCCCACCACCCCCGCAUACAUUUCUCUCAGUGAAGAAGAAGCUCCGGAGGAUCAGAGUUCAUCUGGACUUUGACAAAGGAAAGCUGUCUUUCUUUAAUCUAGAUACCAACACACACAUACACACCUUCACACACACCUUCACUGGCACUCUGUUUCCGUACAUCGCCACCCUGAAUUAUCUCCCACUGAAGAUUUUACCAGCGAAGGUCUCUGUGACCGUGGAACAGCACGCAGUCCCUUCAUUUACACACUCUUAG